AUGUUUCUUGAACUAUAUUUUUCUUUAAUAAUACUUUGUUAUGUAAUAUUUAAUAAAGCUAUACAGAUUAAUAAAUAUAAUUUUUUAAAUAGUUUACAUUUUAAAAAUAAUAUUGGUGAAAAAAGAAAAAAAUAUUUAAUAAAAAAGAAUUCUAUAAGAAGUAAAAUAACAGAAAAAUCAAAACUAAGAACAAGUCAAGAAUUAUAUUAUUACAAAUAUAGAGAAGAAAAUGCAGAAUGCAAGUGUGAUGAUGAAUAUGAAGAAUAUGACAAUGAUAUUGUAGAAGACUAUCUUAAAGAAGGGGAAGAAUUUGACGAGAUAGAAGAAGAUUAUUAUGACGAAUAUGAAGAAUAUUACAUUAAUGAAAAUAUAGAGAAAAGAAAAAUAGAAUAUAAAAAACUAUUUAACAUUGAUGAAAAUGAUGAAUAUCAAGUUUUAUCUCCAAAAUAUAAUAUGAACAUUUACAAUAUAUUAGAAAAAAAGUACGAUAAGGAUGAAGAGAAAAAUAAAGUUAUUUUAACAAUAAAUAACUUAAAUUAUGAAAUAGAUAACAAAAAACUUAUAAAUAAUUUAAAUUUUCAAUUGAGUAAAUCAGAAUGCGUUGGUUUGAUAGGUAAUAAUGGAUGCGGAAAAACUUCUUUAUUGAAUUUAAUUUAUGAAAAUGCUGAUAAAAAUUCUAAAAGUAUAAUUAUAAGUAACAGAAAAAUUAGCCAAGACAUAUUAAAUUUUAAAUUAAAUGAAAAAAACUUAUUAGCUGCUAUUAAUAAAAAUGAUUUCGGAGUACUGUAUAAAAUUUUGUCGUACAUGAAAAAUAAUUCAUUAGAAUUGAGCGCCAUGCCAUCUUUAAUAAAAAAUAAAGAUAUGUCAUAUUUUCAAAUGAAAAAAAAUAAUAAAAUCAACAAUAAUGAAUUAUUUUAUAAAAAUGAUGUUUUUUACUUUAAACAAAAUAUUCAUUUACUAGAAGAUAAUAAUCUAACAGUUUUUGAAAAAGUUUUGAGAUUUUAUGAAAGUACACUUGAAAAGUAUGAAGUUUUAAAUUAUAUAGAAGAAAACAUUAGUCAGUAUCGAAAAUAUGAGGUAAUAAAUAAAUUUAAUAUAAAAGAAGAUCAAGCAUUUAAACAAACACCCGAAGAUGAAUCUGAUAAUAAAAAAUCUAGUAGAAAUAAUAAUAUAAAUUAUAAUGAAACAAAAUUAAAUAAAUUUGAUGAUAUUAUAAAUAAUAAAAAUAAGAAUAUUAUUGACCAUGUUAGUAAUGAUAGUAAUAAGGAAUACUUAAAUGAUGUUAAUAGUAAUUAUAAAACGAAGCUUUCGACAGAUAAAGCUAAUGAAAAUUUUGUUAAAUCUAAAUACUUUGAAAUGAUUUUAAAAUUAUAUAUGUAUGAAAAGGAAUACAUUUUUAAGGAAAUAAAUGACGUUAAAAUGAAUUUUAAUAAAUAUGUAAAUAUACUAAAUCUGAAAAAUUUUCUAUAUGUAAAAUUGUGCCAUUUAAGUAACGGCUAUAUUAUUCGAGUAUACUUGUUAUUAUUGCUUUUAAGCAAAUCUAAAUUAUUACUAAUAGAUGAAAUAAAUAAUAAUUUAGAUAUAUUCAAUAUAUUUUUUAUAAUGAACAUCUUUAAUUAUUCUUUGAAAUAUAAAAAAAUGGGAAUUAUAUUAGCAAGUCAUGAUUUUUUUUUAGUAAGCAAAUUAUGUAACAGAAUAUUAGAUUUUAACAAAAUUUGCGGAUACGAUAUUGAUUUCAAUAAUGUAGCACUAUUAAAAAAAAUUAUUAAGAAUGACAAUAAGAAUAUAGAUGAAUUAAAAAAUAAUGAAAAAAUAUGUAACUUAACAUACUUUCAAGGAAAUUAUACACAAUAUUUAAAUAAUAUGAAAGUUUUGUUUGAUAAUAGGAAAAAAAAAAAAGAAGAACUUAAAAAAAUAUUAGAUCAACUAAAUUCUACUAUAUCUAAGAGUAAAAAAAAAAACAAAAAAGAAUUUAUGCAACAAUUUUUAAAAAAAAAAGAAGAAGAAUUAAAAUUAUACCAAAAUAUUUAUUCCAUUUAUUUUGAUAGUAAAUUAAAUUAUCAAUAUAUGUAUUAUAAUCUAGUAUAUAGUAAUAAAAACAAGAACAGUUCUAAAAGCUAUGAACAACAACUAAAUAGAAACUUAGACAAUAAAGAAAAAAUUAAUGUGAAUUAUGAAAAACAAAACUUUAAGCAGAACAGUGAUUUAAAUAUAAAUGAAAAUAUAGUAGAUAUCGAUGAUAGAUUUGAAAAUAUAAAGAAGGAAAAUUAUAAUAAAUAUACAAAUCCUGAACGUGUAUCAGAAAAUAUAAAAAAUGAUCAUGUUGGUUACUCCAUUGGGAACGAUAAUAGUGUAAGUUCACAUGAAAAUCAGUCAAUAUAUAGUGAAGAAAAUGGAGAUGAAGAGGAUAUAAAAACAUUUGUUUAUAAUAAACUUAAUGAUAUAGAAAGUAACAUGAAUAAAAAUAUUCUAAUAGAUAUGAGCAAAAAGAUUAAAAACAAUGAAUUAAUACAAACAGGAGAAGUAUAUUCAACCGGUAAUGCAACUUUAUAUGAAUUUAAUAAUUUCACUUUUUAUUUUUUAAAUAAAAAGAAUAAAAAAAAAAAAUAUAUAUUUAAAGAAAUGAAUCUAAGUAUAAACAGUGGUGAAAAUAUUUUAAUACUCGGAAAAAAUGGAAUAGGAAAAUCAACUUUUUUUAAAAUAUUAACUAAUAAAUAUAACUUAAUAUUAAAAGAAAAAGAAAAAAAAAAAAAAAGUAUUUAUGCUUACGGAGAUAAUGACAGUGAAGAAAGUAACGAUAAUGCAGGAUGCGAAAAAAACAGAAAAUUUAAUUGUGAAGGAGCAAUUAAUUGUAAUUUUAAUAAUGUAUUAUUAACAUAUUUUGAACAAAAUAUGAUAAAAAGUUUAAAUUUAGAAAUUAAUGAUCACUUUAAAAAUUUAAUUGAAAAUGUUAGUUAUUAUCCAAUUAGUUUUAAUGAUAAUUUUGAAAUGAAUCCAUUUAAUGAAAAUCUUUUUUUUUAUGUUUUAAACAAAACCAAAUUAUUUGAAAAUGAUAAAAUAGAUAAUAUUGAAGAAAAAAUUAAUGCAUUGUUAAAGAUAUUCUAUAUAGAUAGUGCAACCUCUAUUAAAGAAAAAAGUGGGGGAGAAAAAGUUAGAAUACUAUUCCUUUCUUUGUUUUUAAAAAAAUCCAAUUUAUUGUUAUUGGAUGAAAUAAAUAAUAAUCUAGAUAUUUAUUUGAAAAAUCUUUUGUUAAAUUUUCUAAAUUUUAUCUACGAAGGAAAUUAUAUAUUAACCACUCAUGAUUUUUAUAUUAUAAAAAAUUUACAAAAUAUUCACAAAAUAAUUUAUAUUUUUGAUUAUCAGAAUAUUUUUACAUUUUAUAAUGUAAAAGACUUUAUUGAUAGUUUUUAUAAUUUUAUUUUAAAUUCUUUUAAUGUAUUUAAAAGGGAUGGGGAAUUACAUAAAAAGUCUAAUAUAGCACAAAUACUCAAAGAUAAUGAUAAUUCGUCAAAUUUAAGUUAUUACAAACAAGAAAGCACUCUAAAUAGCUGUUUCAAUAAAGACAAUGAAAUUAAUAUAUUCAGAAUAAAUAACAGCGAGUGCGAAAAUAUCACUAAAAAGGAAGAAGAAUUAAAUAAAAAAAAUUAUGAAAAAUAUCUUUAUGAUAAAUAUGAUUAUGAAAUAUUAGACUUUUUAAAGGGUCAAGUAUUAAAAGAAAAAAACGAAAGAAAGAAUUACGAACAAAUAAAUGUUCAAGAAAAUAAAGAAAAAAAAAAAGUAAAGAAAAAAAAUUUUGGAGGUAAAGGAUCUUCAGGAAAAAUAAAAAUAAAAAAUUGGAAAAGAUGGAAGAAGUGA